AUGACAUUCUACAGAUUACCACCACAUAAAGGUGGUUUAUUACCACCAUCAAGAAUCAUGACUAACUAUGGAGCUUUAAAUUUUUGGGAGAUUAAAGAGAUAUUAGAUGCAUCUUUGGAAUUGUACGUUCUAGCUAUGAAUAAGAAAACUGGUAAAGUAGUAUACUUGAGAGCAAGAUUCUUCAUCAACAAUUAUAAAGAUUUUAAAGUGAUUGAAAUUAGUCGUGGUUCUCCAUUUGUUGUUAAACAUAAAUUUCUCACUGGUACAAAAAUAAUUUCUAGAGAUAACACUUCAUCAAUGAGGGGAAAUAUACAAAGGGGUCAAAGUCUAACAUUUGGGGUUACUGAUAAUAAUUUUUCAAUGCCUAAUAUGAAGGCACGUAAAAUGAGUGCUGACUUGGACCAAAGAGUCCAAAUAAUUGUCAAUGGUUUUGAUGGCUCAGCUGAAAGGCAUGAAUUCAUGAAAGAUUUUUUAGAUGAAUAUCAAAUUUCAAUGGUUGACGCUGCUAAUGUUUUAGGAUUUAUCAGCAAAGUUGGUAUUGUGGAAGGUGAUACAAUCAAAUUUAAAUAUUCAGUCAAUGAAGUCAAAGAAUUGUUUACCACAUUAAAACUUCCGUUAAAUGAUAGAUCUAAAUUCCCAAUAAUACAAGAUUGCAAAUUAGUUGAAUUUUUGAAAGAAUUAUUUGAUUGGCAUGACGUAUUUGAAGAUAAACAUGGGUAUAGAUUUAGAAAAAUACCAACCAUGGCAUUCAGGUUCAAUAAAACUGAGGCACUUUCAUUCAUCAAAGGCUGUGCAAGUAAAUUCUCCAAUUGUACAGACAAAAAAAUCAUAAUGUGGGCACAUCAUGAGCUAAGAUUGGAUCAAGUAUUUCACGUUGCUCAACAUGCAGGUUGUUAUGCUAAAAAGGAAGCAGACUGUGUUAUUGUCUAUUCCGAUAUCACUUUAGAUAAUUAUUCUACUAUGGUGAUGAAAAAUCAUGUUAAAGAAAAGAAGAUAGCUAAAAGUAUUGUUUUUCAUAUUAUGCUUGAAAAAUAUCAAGACGAAAGUGGUAUUUUUGAUCAUUUUUUAAUUGUUGGUGGUGGUGCCAAAAGCAGUUAUUCAAGAAAUUUAAUCGCUAAAAGUUUAACAUUAAAUUAA